GUAUAAAUAACAAAAAUAAUGGUCUCUAGGGCAGCUGAUUUCGAUCGGCAAAUUUGACAUUUUGAACCGGAAUUUCUGCAUUUAAAAUAGCAAAUAGGAAAUUCACAGCGGUGGAAUUUAAUUUUAAAGUUUCAAUGCUCAAUUAAGUUCAGUCAUUCAAAAUCUGAGCUCGAGAAAAUUUGGGGCAAUUGAUUGGAAUUAUGGAGUUUGAGAGCCCUGAUGUUGCCAAAGAAUUCCCUGGACUCUACGCCUCAGAAUCAGGAGGAAAAAAGAGCGAGAGUGACUUCAGCGACGACUCUCACGACAAGCACAAGAGGGACAGUUUGUUGAGAUCGAAGGACAAAAAGGAUUCAAAGAAGGACCGAGGCUAUGCUGCCCUUGAAGGCGAAAGUUCUCCCGACGAGGCUGAUUCGGAAAUGAAAAGUCCAUCCAAGUCAAAGAAAAAGGCAUUCAAGUUCCCUAGCAAGAAGGAGAAACGAGAGAAGUCGAGGGAGAAGGACAGCCGAGAAGUGGAGAGUGUGAAGGAAAAAGAGCACAAGGAGAAGAAGAAACUGGAAAAGGAAGCGCACAAGACAUCCAAACUCAAAGGACUGAAGGAAAAGAAACUCAAAUCGAAGCAUUCGGAGGAAUCGAUUGAAAUUCCUGACGAGCCACCUAUUUUUGGAGUUCCUCUUGAGGCUGCGGUUGCCAGAAGUCGGUGUCAUGACGGAGUCAAGUUGCCUCUCGUUGUCAGGAAUUGCAUUGAUUUUGUGGAAGAGUGCGGAUUGACAGUGGACGGUAUUUACAAAUCUUCCGGAAACAAGUCAAGAGCACAGCAGCUGAAGAAAAAUUACAACAACAGAGUCGCUGUCAGUUUUAUCGACACAGAUCCAGUCACAGUGGCCGGCCUUCUAAAAUUAUUUUUAAGGGAGUUGCCUGAAACUAUAAUUCCAACUUCGGUUGCACCUGAGUUUGAAGAGGCUGCUGGCAAGAAAGGCGAUGGAAUGGAAUCUCUAAUUCAGAAAAUGCCAGCUGUCAAUGGGGAGCUUCUUGGUUGGAUGGUUUUACAUUGCAAACAUUUGGUGGCCAACGAGAAGCUGAAUAAAUGUGGUGGACUUCAAGGCGUGUGUGGAACUUUUGCUCCUCUGCUGCAAACUUCGCCUAAAAUUUUGUCAGCCUUGAUCUGUUACUCAGCAACACUAUUCCCAAAUAUGCAUAUCCACAAAUACAUUCCUCCUCUAAGUGGACCAACUCCAAAUAUUCCAACAACAAUCAGCGGCUGCAACGAUGAGUUGAGGAAACUUGAGUCAGUUUUGGCACAAGUUCAUGAAGAAAUGCAUGCCGGACUUGCAGGCUCCAGACGAGAGGAGCAAAUGUGGGACGCACAGAGAAUUGUUACACAGCUAAAGCGCAAAUUACGAAUGCUUCAAAAACCCUCGGAGCCAAGAGCUUCAGAUGAUGAGAAAAUGGACUUCAAUGUUAAGCAAGAUGAACCUCUUAGUGCACCUGUGCCAACCACAGUUACAGAAAAACCUCAAGAAGCAGCUAAAGAAGAGCCUGAAGAAAAAUCAGAGCAGCCGGAAUGUAAAGAAGGGGAAGAACCUGAACUACCUGCUGAAAUUCCAGCCGAUGUGAGCUCUAAAUCGCAAACCAUUCAAGAGGACAGUAGCAGUCCCACAACAGUCACGGAAACAAUCAAUGUUUCUGCAAUUGUGCACGAAGUGCCGAGAGAAGAGACUCCCUCUCCUCUCCUCCCCGACGAAGAUGAGGAAACUCGAGAGCAGAGGUCCGUACAAGAGCAGCUGGAGACUUUGGUGGACAGCCUUUUGGAAAGGAUAGAAAAGGAGAACAGUGAGGUCGGCAAGUUGAGAGAGGAGUUGGUGAAGAAAACCGAAGAUGGCUGGGUGAAGCCGCGCAAGACGGGUGAUAGCAACGACAUGGACAGUAUGGAGGAGCUGCAGCAGCAAAACCAGGCGUUACAGCAACAACGAGACAAUCUGUGCCGGCUGAUAGCCGAAGAAAGGGAGGCCAUGUCAAGGACUAGAGCGAAGCUGAACUUCAAGCUGCAGCAGCAGAAGUUGCUGCAGAAGGCGACUGCGUGAGAAACGAAUGCAGAUUAGAUAAACUGGAAUGCCAGUGGCGAUUAUCAGAAGACCAACGCCAACUUCUCCUGGCUUUUUAUAAACGGGCAUUGUGACCAAAAAUAUGCACACGAUGAAAAACAUGAUUGGCAGCAUAAUGUUGACC